AUGGCCAUUGAGUGGGGAUCCGAGACCAAAGGUGCCGAUGUGGUCAAUGCCUUUCCCAUGAGCAUCAAGAAACGAACAUUCCUCUUGACCGGAGUCAGUGGGACAGGACUACCAGCAGCAACCGCCGAGGCCCUGGCAAGCGGCGAUGCAGCCGCCAUUAUCCUGAUGGGCAAGUCGCAGGCCGAAGCGCAAGCGAUGAUCGACGAUAUCAACCACAAACAUCCCAAGGUCAAGCUGAUCUUCAUCUCGGUAGAUUUUGGCCGGUUGGAAUCUGUGCGCGAGGCGGCAGAAGCUAUUAAGAAGCUUGAGGUUCCUAUUGAUGGGUUUGUGGGGUUUCCCACGGUAAUGGCUGCACUGUGGAUGAAGACGGAGGAUGGAAUCGAGUCUCACUUCCAGUGCAACUAUCUCAGCAAUUUCCUCCUGAUCAAUUUGGUGGUGCACUUGAUGCCGGCAGGUUCAAGAGUGGUCAUGGUUUGCUCUAGUAUCCGGCCGGAAGCUCCGCCGCCGGCCUGGGAUGACCCCAAUUUCGCAGAUGGAAAGACAUAUCAUCCAUUGGAUGCAUAUGCCCUAUCGAUGUUUGCCAACGUUCAGAUGAUCAAGUGUCUGGCUAUCACAGGCUGUGGACGGUCAAUGGGGACCUUUUCUGUCAAUGCUGGAAGUGAGUUUGCAACCUCAUCAUCCUCCAUCUUUGGCCUAAGCUGA